CCCCCAAACAUAUUGCUUUUACGUUUGUCCGUACAAAGAAGGCUCAGAAACAAUGGAUACUAUUGGCGACUCGUUCGACGACUCAGUCGCUCAGUCUGAGUCAACUCGACCCUUGGACGAAGACAACGGUGGCUACGUCGACUACAACUCGGAGCAAUUCGACUCUUUCUCUGUCGGAGAUGAAGUUUUCAAUUCGCAUGAGCCCUUCAACGCACCUGGCGGAGAGUUCGAGCCGGAGGAAAAUGGGAAGGGGUUCAGUGGAGAGUUUGGUGGAUCGGACGGUCCGAUUUUGCCGCCUUCAUCGGAAAUGGGGACUGAUGAGGGAUUUGCCCUCAGAGAAUGGAGAAGAGAGAAUGCAAUAAGAUUGGAGGAGAAGGAGAAGAGGGAAAAAGAGCUAUUGAGCCAAAUAAUUCAGGAAGCUGGUGAAUACAAGGUUGAGUUCUACAGGAAGAGGGAGAUCACCUGUGAGAAUAAUAAAGUCACUAUUAGGGAAAAGGAGAAGAUAUUUUUGGCCAACCAGGAGAAAUUCUAUGCUGAGGCUGAUAAGAAUUAUUGGAAGGCCAUUGCAGAGCUCAUUCCUAAUGAAGUGCCAGCCAUAGAGAAGAAGAGAGGGAAGAAGGAUCAGGAAAAGAAGCCUGGCAUUGUUGUGAUCCAAGGUCCAAAGCCAGGGAAACCAACUGAACUCUCGAGGAUGCGCCAGAUACUUAUUAAAUUGAAGCAUGACACACCUCCCCACCUAAAGCCUUCUCCAGCGCCAGCACCAGCACCAGCUGCUACUGCUUCUGUUAAGGCUGCAGCUGUGGUAACCACUCCUGAGGUUGUUGCUUGAUUGUUUAUUAUUGAUGUCGUUGUUAGUUUACAUGCACUGAAAGAAAUGCAAGAGCUUUUCUACACUCUACCUUGUAGUGUGGCUUCAGGAUUGUCAGGUGGACAUGCUACAUACAUUCAGAUUGUGCAAGAUUAUAUGUCAUGUCUUUCCUAUGUGGAAAACUUGGUCGUUUUGUUUA